AUGGAUCCCUUGUUUUGGCCAUCAGAAGCUAACAGCUUUCGGCGUUUCACCCCUGAGUCCUUGGCAGCAAUCGAGGAAAGAAUUGCUGAGAAAAAAAAGCAGCAAGCCAAAGUUAACCAGGAGAAUAAGGACCAAGGAGUUGAAGAAGAUAAACUUACACCUCAGCUUGAUCUGAAAACCUGCAAAAAACUGCCAUCUCUUUAUGGGGAUGUUCCUGUGGAGCUCAUUGGGGAACCCCUGGAAGAUAUUGAUCCAUACUACAGUGAUCACAAGACUUUUAUGGUGAUAAAUAACAGGAGGACUAUUUUCCGGUUUACUGCCACGCCUGCCUUGUGUAUAGUUGGUCCUUUUAAUCCAGUCAGAAAAGCAGCAAUUAAAAUUCUGAUCCAUUCAUAUCCUUUUAUUGGCUUCCGUUAUUUCAGUUUUAAAGUAUACUGUACCAUUUUCUGUCAUUCUUUUCCUCUGUUCAUAUUAAUAUAUGUUUUUACUGGCAUAUAUACUGGUGAAAUAGUGAUAAAAAUAUUAGCAAGAGGAUUUGUUUGGAAUGAAUUUACCUUCCUUCGAGAUCCAUGGAACUGCUUGGAUCUUGUCGUUACUAUCGUAACGUAUGUUACUAUGUGUAAAAUUGUGGGCAAGGUUUCAGCUCUUCGAACUUUCAGAGUACUGAGGACUUUGAAAGCUAUUUCGGUAAUACCAG